CCCUCCCUCCGCUCGGAGACAGGUGGUUGGCGUCUAGUGCCUCCAUCCUCCCGGCGCUCGAGAGUACCAAAUAUCUGCUGGCACCAAGGCAAGGCUCGCUCGCUGCGAGCGCGUACCCGAUGGACUUCCAGCGUGCAACCUCCGCCAUCACCGGGCGGUGGACAGCCGGAGUCGGGGGCCGCAACCGGAACGCUCCACCCGGAGAGCUCCGCCGAUCUACUCCCAAAUGUUUUCCACACAAUCCCACCGGCUGCCGUUCACGGGAGGGGGCCUACCGACGGAGGAAUGACAUGCACGAAUGAAAAGUUGCCACAAUUUAGGCGGGGUUCUGCAGUCGACUGGUGGCGGGUUCAUUUGUGAUUAUCCUCCGGGCUUGAAAGUUGUUCCCUGGAGGGAAGACGGCUGUCAAAAUGGCUUCGGGCCCCGGGAAAGCCAUACAGACCCCCGGGCCGGGCUCUGCCGUCAACGGGAAUGCGGCAGAGUUCCAGAACGUCGAGCAGGAGCAGUGUGACUUCCAGAUGCACAACAAGAUGUGCAAGAAGAUCGCUCAGCUCACCAAGGUGAUUUAUUCUCUCAACAUGAAGAAUGAGGAGCAGGAGGCGGCUCUGCAGGCCUUAAACCACACCCAUGACAAGGAGCUGCACCGCAUCCUGAUGGAGACAUGUCAAGAGGGGGAGGGCUCAGCGCUGAGGACGCGACUCCUCCAGCUGCAGGAGUCUCUAGAUGAGCAGCAGAGGGUCGGAGCACAGGUACAAGCCGACUUUGAGUUCUUCCGCAUGCAGUCGGAGGAGAGGGAGCGUGAAACGGAAGCCGAACUGAGACGGGAUUUUGAGGAGAGGCUCCUGGCGGCAGAGGAGGAGCUCAGAGAAGCCAGGUCCCAUAUCAGUGCCGCUCAGGAGAAAAACCUCCGAUUGAGCAAACAACUGGAAGAGGCCGAGGAGAUGAUCCUAGAUCUGAGCACCAAACGUGAGCUAAGGCAGAGACUUAGUGUGGAUGGCAAGGAUACAGAGGACAAGGGCGAAGAUAAGGGGGAAAAGACAGAGGAGGAGUCAGAGAGAGUGAAAGGGCUUUUGGAAGAGGUGAACAUGAUGAAGGAGGAAAGGGAUCAAAGAGAGGAGGAGAGAAGGCAAGCGGCCGAUGCGGAAAGGGAGCAAUGGGAGCAAAAGAUGAACCGGCUUGAAGAGGAGAAAGAAGAAAUGAGGAAGAAGUUAGAGGCUGAAUGGCGAGAGGAACAGCGCAGGUGGGAGGAGAAAGAGGAGGAGGAGAAGAAAGGAAUGCACAGUGCUUUAAGAGAACGAGUGAAGAAGGCCGAGGCCGAUGUGGAGAGCCAUCUGGAGAGGCAGGCCGAGAACAAACGGAACACACUAAAACUGCAGGAACGCAUUCAGAACCUGGAGGAAGAGCUAGAACUGGAUCGGAAACGCGUCGCCGAAGCUGAGAGCACGGCCAAACGGGCAGAGGAGGAGCUCGCCGUGGCUAAGGAGAGGCUACUGCUGCAAGAAGAUGAACUGCAGACUCGAGCCGAAGAGAUUCUGAAUGUGGGCUGCAAGGCAUGCGUGUGCGCUGACGUGGAGGACCUGAAGAGCCAGUUGAGUCGUCUGCAGAGCAGGAACAGAGAGUUGGAGCUCCAGACCAGCGGCAGGAAUAACGACCACGCGCGCCAAAUCCGCCAGCACGCGGAAGCCCUGUCCAGUCUGCGUUCCGAAAUGGUGAGAGCUCAGACAGAAGAAUUGCGUCGUAUCCAAAAACAUGCAGACGAAGAGCGGGACAAACUUCAGAGGCAGAUGGAAAAGGAGCGAGAGAACCUACAGAGGGAAAGAGAGCAAGAAAAGAGCCAUUUGGAGAAGGAGCGAAACCGGCUGCGACGGGAGCGAGACGAGGAGAAGGAGGCGCUGCGGAAGGAGGCCGAGGGAGUCCGAGAACAUGUGAGGAGGGAAAAGGAGGAGGAGGUGGAGCGCCUUCGCAAGGAGCUGGAUGUGGAGAGGGUCCGUGUCCGCGCUCAGCUGGACAAGCGCUUCGAGCAGGUGGAGGCGCAGAGAGCGGGUCUGCAGCAGAAGCUGGAGGAGGAGAAGAAGAGGCUGGUGGAGAAGGCGGAGGAGGACAGGAGGCGGCUAAAGGAACAGGUGCGGAAGGCCAUUGAGGAGGUGAUGCGGAGACAUGCGGCCGAACUGCACGGCGUCCAAGAAGCUCUGAACUCCGAGAAGAAGACCAACCAAGAGGUAUGUGCACAUCUAGAAGAAGAGAGGAGAAGAAAUCGGGAGCUUCAUGAAAGGCUGGAGAGGGACAGACAAGACCUGGAGAUUAAACUUAAAGAUGCAGACAAUGAGAUCUUUCGUUUGAAGACAGCUAUGCAUCAUCAAGAAGAGAAAGACAAGGUAGCGCCAAAUACAUCGCCCCCAUGCGGACCGCAGUGCUCUCGGCUGCAGGAGGACCUCCAAAAGACCCAAAACCGCCUGACCCGGAUGCAGGACGAGGCGGAGAAGCAACGGGAAAGACAACAGAGAGACAUUGCUUCCCUCAAGGCCGACAAACACCGGCUAGAGGAGAAGGUUUUGGAGCAGAGUCGGCUGAACACAGAGAGGAACCUUUUAGAACAGAGCCAACGCCACAUCGAGGAACGCAUCAGAGCCGAGUGUGAGGAUCGCCUCAGGGCAGAGUUCCGCAUCGAGAUGAACGCCGCCGUCGCCGAAAGCGAGCAGAGGUGGCAGAACCAGGAGCAAGAGUUGCACACUCAGAUCAGCGAGCUGCAGAGUCAGCUGGAUGAGCUGCAGACAGAGACAAAGAAGGCGGGAUCUGAAGACAAUUCCCAUGGCAACCGGGAGCUUGACAAACUCAGAAAGGAGGUCCAGGAGACCAAAGAGAUUAACAAGAAGCUGAGGGAGCUGCUGCAGGUUUGUUUGCAUUCUUGUGUGUUGGAGGAGCCACAGAGCCAGUGCUUAGCCGAGGAGAAACAUAAUCACGCCAUGCAGCUGCAAGCAUUGGAGAGGCAAGCCAAAGAAGACGUACUGUCUGAGCGCAACCGACUACAAACCAUGCACCACCUGGAGUUAGAUAAGCAACGUGCGGAGUUGACCCAGCAGCACACAGAGUGGAGCAGACAGAUGACCCAGAGACACAUGCAGCAGAUUGAAGACCUUCAGGCCCAACUGCAAGCUCACACACAGAUGAUGGCGCUGCAGCAGGACCUGAAGCAGCAGAACCAGAACCAGGUGUUUGAGCGGCAGCUGGAUGAGAGUCGCUGCGCCAUGCUGGAGCUGCAACGAGAGAAUACCACACUCAAGAAGCAAUUACAGGAGAAGCAUCGCUUUCCUCACAGGUCCAUUCAGGUGAACCCCAAAAUGGUAGCCAAAGAAGAGGAGAACCCAGAUUUGGAAAAGACCCGUGAUGCUCAUCUGGAAGACGAAGCGCAACGCUUGAAGGAGGAAGUGGAGAAACUGAGGGUGGAGAUGGAGAAGCUGGAAGAGUCACAGAAACUGUGGGAGAGGAAAGAAGACGACGACAAGGCGGAGGAAGGGGAGCAGGAGAAAGAGACAAAGCCAGAGGAGGAGGACGUGACGAGGAAAAAAGAGCUGGAGGAGAUCAGGAAGGAGCACAAGAGGGAGAUUCAGAAUCUGGUGUCGGAAUACAGCAGCGCUCAGAUGGAGCUGCAGGCUCGCAUCGGAGCCCUGGAGAACGAGUUGCGUGAGCGGGAGGAGCGAUGCAGGAGGAGAGAACCCCGAUGUGACGAUCUCCAGUUGGGGAAACUUCAGGAGAGACUGACGGAACGAGACCAGCUCAUUAAGCGAUUAGUGGAAGAACGGCAUCAGCUGCAGCUACACCCCCCUGUUGUCGGGGACAACAGCGGCCUCAGGCUCCGCGAGAACAAGCCCCGCCCUGGGAGCACCACGCCAACCAUGAGGAAGAAGCAUGUGGAGUCGUCCCCUCGCGGAAGCAGCAUCUCUUGCUCCGGUGCUUACGACCGCCUCCCUCCCUACUCGUCCUUCUCCUCCACGCUGCCCCACCAGUCUACCUCCCACGCACACACGUCUCCGCACUACUCCACCACGUCUCUUCCGCACAAGCACACCACCCUCUCCUUCAGCCAAAAUUCCCCCCCGUCGCUGCCUCGCUCCCCCAGAUCCCGAACGUCCUGCAUCCCCCCGACGCCGGCGCCCACCGCGCCGCUGCCCGUCUGCCCCUCGUCGCAGGCAGGCAUUCGCUAUGUGUCGCCCUCCUUCCAGGAGCCAUAUGCGUACUUGCAGGCGCAGUCAAUCAGGGGGCCUUAUAUGGAGCCGAGAGGCACUGAGGGGCUGAAACAAGAAUGGUUCACCAAAUACUUCUCUUUCUGAGCACAAACAUAACAGUCAACAGUUCAUCGCUUUUGCUCCACACGUGCGUGCACAUACACACACUCGACUGGGAGCUCCGCCCAUUUUUCAUGUGGUCAAAGACGAGGAAAACGAAACUGCAAGUGGUGUGGAUGUGAUGGAACGACGAUGCCGUCGGAUGGAUCGCUGCACACAACUCCACACACAAACUCCUGUUGGUCACGUAGUACUGUGAAAUAAGAUUGCAUGGAUUUUGCCGAAAAUAGGUUUAUCUGGUUCUGUUGCAUUGAUAUGAAUCCUUUUUCGCCAAGCGGUAUCAAAUUGGUGGAGUGCUCAUCCAACAGACUCGUGGGCUCAUCACCAGCAAGGCCAUCUCUAACAUUGCCUCAAAUCUCAACCAAAAAGUGCUUCUCAAAACACAUGCCUUGACCUCUUCUCGGCCUCUUGGAUCUUGUUUGUGUUGUCGGAAAUGUCUCCAUGUGUGUGUGUUUUUUUAAACAGUCUUCCUUUUUCAACGCAACAUUUGCUUCCAUAUGAUCACAUGGUUAUUGAAGGCAAAUCUCGGGAUGUCGUCGAACCAAGUGUCUCUUCAACUAUGGAGGCAUUUGAUGUAUUCAAUCGAGAUCCUCAUUAAUAUGGACACACACACACACACUUUUCACUUACCAUCCGAAAAUGAAGGUUGUUUUGAUGCAAAAAUGUACAAUAGUCUUAAUGAACAAAUUGAAUAAAUAUUUUGUUUUUGUACUUGA